AUCUACUACGACAUCUAUAUGUCCUAUGAGAAUGUUGUAUUGCUAGAGUUAUCGCACAAGAAAAGUGUAGCAAACAUUUCCGAUUAUAUGGAUGAAAUACCAAAAACUCUAGAUCUGGCUGUGCAUGAGUAAAGAUGAGGAAAAAAAUGUUUAAAUGUAAAGAAGACUGAAAUCAGCAAAUGAUUUUUACAGAUUUAGAUAAACAAGAUGCAAACUGGAUACUUCCUGAUUUUUUUUGUAUUACCCAUUUUCUUGGAGGGAUGCUGCGUGGGAAACAAGCAAAAGAAAAGAACAGGUCUCCAGGAGAAUACUACACAUCUGCACUACAGAGCUGUGGAGGGGGAAAUGUUUAUGAUGCCAUGCAUAAAAUCUAUGAAGGGGCACAUGAAGGUGGCAUGGUCCAGGACUGCAGAAGGUGAAGGAGGAACUGAAGGCCCAUCCUUUGACUGUGACAAAGUGUUCUCAGCUGAAAUAAAACAUUCUGGGACUUACACAGACCCAUCAGGGGGCAGCAAGUUGUUCUUCUAUCUGCAGGUGGUACAGAAAGAACGUCUGGGAUGUUUUCAUCCUGAUGAGAGCUGGGGAAUGCUGGUCAAUGGCGCAGGUGGGGAGAUUCCCUGUCCGGGUCGCAACUGCAGUGACAACACAGAUGUCAGAUGGUACAAGGGUAACAGAGUUGUGUCUGAGCAGCGUCGGGCCUCCUGUGAACAGAACGGGCUGUUGCAUCUCUGCCAAGUUGGUGAACCUGAUACUGGUGUAUAUUUCUGUGACAGAAAAAUAAUUGAGCAAGGAAUCAUGUGGACUUUCAGGAGAGCUGUUAAUAUCAGAGUCAUACCACAUUACAAACCAAGCUACCGUCCCAGAAUUGUGGUCCCUGAAAGCAACAUGGCAGAGGAGGUGGAGCUCGGUCAGUCUCACACGCUGAUGUGUAAGGUGUAUUUUCCUUUUGAGAUAAAUGUUUCAGCAGUGGUGCGGUGGUACAUGAACUAUGGUGGCAACAUGGAGAACAUGACUCGACUCCACAUGGAGAAGCCACAACAGAAAACACUGAUACUUGAAGAAACCGAGGUCAUACAGAGUGCCAUCAUAAAAGAGGUGACAUCACAACACUUGAACCACACAUAUACUUGCAUCGCCAGUAAUACUGUUGGAAACAGCGCAGUUACCAUCAAGCUCAAGAAGAAAAUUAAGGUAAAAUGGCCCUCAUUGGUUGGGUAUCCCAUUGUAUCUUUGCUGGUGCUUGCUGGGCUGGGAAUCGUUUUACAUGUGAAAUGGCUGGAACUACAGCUCAUCUACAGAUCCCACAUCCAUUGUGGAAAACGUGAUAGAGAAGACAAAGAGUUCGAUGUGUUUCUGUCAUACGUGUGGAGCCAUCCAUCAGCAGAGGCCGACGGAUGUGUGAGCCUUUCUCCCCAGUCAGGACCCGACACUGACGAGGAAGCUUGUCUCUCCAGCAUGAACCCUUUGAAUACAAAGGAGGGUCAAUCCACCCAGACCCCACUAGAAGUGCUGCUUCCCCGGGUGUUAGAGGAGCGGUGGGGGUAUCACCUAUGUCUGCUGGAGAGGGACGUGCUUCCUGGAGGAGCAUAUACAAAUGAUGUGGUCCUUGCAAUACAGAGAAGCCGAAUGCUUAUCUGCCUGCUGUCAGCUGACUACCUGUGCAACAGCAAUGCUGUGUUUGUACUAGAAUCAGGAGUCCAGGCUUUGCUACAAAACUCUGCCCUCAAACUCCUGCUAAUAUGGACCAAUAGAGCCUCAGCAUCCCUCAUCCAACCUAACCCCCCUCUGCCCACAUUGGUCCAAAAGGCCUUGAAGGUGCUACCCAGUCUGGACUGGACCUCAGGCAAAUCUGCUAGAGCCACCUGCAACUUCUGGAGAUCUUUGAGGAGGGCCAUGCCCAACUGCACAGAGAAAAACUGGUUUUCCUCAGAUCAUGCUAAUGAUCUGCCUGUUACCAGUAUACAGUAUAUUUAUUGAUUUUAUGAUAGUCUUACUGCAAUAUUAAUAAAAACUAUACUUGGAAGCAAGCGAAAGACAUGAAUGAACAAAUGUGUUGAGGAAAUCCCCAUGGUGGAAGAUAAAUGAUAAUGUGCCCUUGUAUGUAAGGUAGGGUGGAAAUGUGAGUCACCCGUUGAACCAAAAAUGACAUUUCAGUUACGGUGAAAGUGUAAAAAUAAUGUACUUAUGAACUCUCCCUUACAAAAUAUAAACAGAAUGGAUAGCAGAUAAUGCUAAAAUCAUAUGCUAUUAAUUAAAUGAUUAGCUUUAUGUGACUGUACAUCAGUUUAAAUAUGACAAGUGUAUGUUAAGUUAUGGGGUGCUGUUAAUCUUGUACUCUUACAGCAGACAUGUCCGCAAUAAACAUUUGACACAACACAUAUCACUGAAAUUUUUUAUUUGACUGGCUUUUAAACAUAUAUUCAGAGGAGUUCUGUUUGAUAAAACGGGUUGAAGCAAUACUGCAGAUAAUAUUGUGAUUCAUUCGGGAAUGUCUGCACAACAUUCUGAUAAUCUACAGUCAAAUUCCAUGUUUAGACUUUUGAUCAAGGGGAUUUUCCAAGAGAGAUUCAGGCACUGGAGAAGUCACUGAGGUACCAUAGUUCUAUAAAUAGAAGAGUCAUAUUUCUGACGCGUGGACCUUCUGGUGUCAAAGCAACAAUGAAAAGUUUGUAAAUGUGCCUACUCAUUGCUAACCUAUAUUUUAAUCAGCCAAAAACCAUUUUAUAUGACACAAAUACCAACACCCUGGUAUCUGUGUCAUAUUAAAUGACUGAUAGCUGUAUGAUUCUGGUCCUCACACAAUUGUCAAAUGUGAAACUAUCAAAUGUGAACACAGAAAUCAACAGCCAGAUUCCAUAUUGAGUAAACAAAACUAAAAAUACUGCCACAAAGAUCAGACAAACAUAAAAAACAAAUGACUGUCUAAGAGGUGGCACAGCUGGACAAACAGCUGUAC